AUGGUCCUCGAAAUUUCCAGCACCGCAAGCAAAGAUGAGAUCCGCAAGGCUUAUCGCAAGGCCGCGCUCGCCAAUCACCCCGACAAGGUCCCUGAAGCCGAGCGAGAAGCCGCAGAGGUCCGUUUCAAGGCUGUCCAGGAAGCCUACGAUAUCCUCUACGAUGAAGAGAAGCGCCACCUCUACGAUACCCACGGCAUGAGUGCGUUCAACGGGUCCGGUGAGCCGGGCAUGGGGGCAGGUCCGGACCUCGAUGAUAUCCUCGCGCAGAUGUUCGGCGGUAUGGGCGGCAUGGGUGGCAUGCCUGGCGGACCUCAGGCGCGCAAGCCCCGCAGAAGUCCGAACGAGGAGCAGAAGUAUGAAGUUAGCUUGGAGGAUCUCUAUAAGGGCAAGACGGUCAAGUUCUCGAGCACCAAGAACGUCAUCUGUUCUCUGUGUCGGGGCAAGGGCGGCAAGGAGAGGGCUACGGCGAAGAAAUGUGCUACUUGUGAUGGACAUGGUGUCAAGCAGAUUCUAAGACCCAUGGGCCAGUUCCUUUCGCCCACUAUGGUUACUUGCAGCACGUGUAAGGGGCAGGGCGAGUUCUUCAGCGACAAGGACAAAUGCAAGAAGUGCAAGGGUCAGAAGACGACUGAAGCGAAGAAGCUGUUGGAGAUCUACAUCCCUCGCGGGGCGAGGGAAGGAGACAAGAUCAUCUUGGAGGGCGAGGCUGACGAGGCGCCGGGUCAGGAACCUGGAGACAUUAUCUUCCACCUGGUAGAGGAGGAGCACCCCGUCUUCAAGAGAGCUGGCCCAGACUUGACAGCGGAGAUCGAUGUCACGUUGGCCGAGGCCUUGACCGGCUUCUCCCGAGUUGUGAUCAAGCAUCUUGAUGGCCGUGGAAUUGAGCUCAAGCAUCCCAAGGUUCCUGGCCAAGUGCUUUCCCCCAACCAGGUCUUGAAAGUACCUGGUGAAGGAAUGCCGAACAAGCGCGGCGAUGCUCGUGGCGAUCUGUACCUGAUCGUCAACAUCAAAUUCCCCGAUGAGACGUGGAAGCCCACGCCGGCGGUUCUGGAGCAGCUUAGGGAGGUCCUGCCCAAGCCGGACGCCCCUAUUACCGCCGAGACGGUGGAUGAAGUCCAAUACGAUCCCAAGGGAAACAUCGAAGACUUCGGGGCUCAUGACCCGGAGGGCGGAUCUGCCUGGGAGGACGACGAUGAGGAGGGAGAGACUGCACAAUGCACGACCCAGUAG